UUUAAACAAAUUUUGCCGUGUGUCCCUCUCUUUUGUCUCUUAACAAGUUUUAUCUCUCCACUCUCUCCCCCUGAAUUUUGCAGACCACACGGCAGGCUCCGAACCCAAACCAUAAUCUUGAAUUCUAACUUGUACCCGUUCAUCUCUUGUACUCUGAAACCUCCAUACACGCAGCCCGCUUUCGCCGAUUUCUUCCUGAGGAAAUGGACACCUUGGUUGUUUCUUUUUCAAAUCAAGAAGAGAUGGAAGGCCAUAUAGCUGCUGAUCUCUAUGGAGAGGCCCUACAGCAAUCAAGUAUUGAAUCUUUUCCAACAUCAGCUGCUGAUUAUACAUUGAAUGAUGCACAAGAUAAUGGUUCUGAUGACUGGUACAAUGAGGAUGGAGACUCAUAUGAAUGGGAGUCGGAGAGAAUACGCAACCAAUUUGUCACAGUUGGAUACCGUGAAGGUCUCAUGGCAGGACAAGAAGCUUCAGCGCAGAAUGGCUUCAACAUUGGCUUUAAGCAAUCGGUAUCGGCUGGAUACAACUUGGGUAUUGUCAGAGGCGUCACUAGUGCUCUGAAUUGCCUCCCCAAUGAGUUGAAGGAAAGAUUAGUCGAAACAGAGGAAGAGAGAGACAAGUUGAAGCAGUUACAUAAACCCGUGCAUUCUCUUUCGACGUCGGACGCUCUGAAGUUGUUCCAUGAAGAGCAGACGAGAACACCAGCAAUACAAACAGAGAAUCCGAAACCCGACUGCACCCAAAUUUCAGAUGAAGGUGUUCUAAAAAAUUAUUAUAAAGAGCUGCAAUCAUUAAUUGACGAGACUCCUGCAAUUGAAGUGUGCUUAGAUAUGAUGAAGCAGUAAUAUUUAUUUUUAAGCAUGUUUGGCAAAACAUUAAUUAGAUUAUAAGUGGUGGAUCUUACAAAAUAUGUAGAUAAUAAGAUACUAAAAGUUAUAAAUCAUACGGAAUGUGUGGGUAAAAUAGUGUCUGGUCAACUUUUAAGCAGUUGUACGUUUUGCCAAACAUGCACGACUGCCUUUACAGUAUUUACUAUAUUUUGUACGUUUCGGAUAUGGUACAUCCCUUUCUUUAUUGACCAUAUGAAA